AGCUUAGCAGAAUUUCAUAGCGAUAUUCUUGGCUCCGACGAGGAAAGAUGUUGAGAAUUUUGCUCUGUGUUUUAUUUAGUACUAGCGUAAUUUUAGCCGAUGACUGUGUCCUUCGAUAUGAUAGGGACCAUCCUGCCGUGUUCAUUCGGAAAGUCCGUGAAAAACAUUUGGUGAUCACAAGAAAUGAGGGUGAGAUCGAAAUUGAAGAUGGAGAUUCAAUUGAAGGAUAUUGCACUUCUGGAUUUAGGAACUUAGACCACAAGGGACAACAGACACAAUACAAACAUGUGACCUUCUCAUGCAUUUCCAACUCCGUUUACUACGCGGACGACAAAAAUGAGAAAAUCAAAAUUCGAAACCGAGGUUCGCUUGCCUGUGAUAUGGUUGGUACGUACUAUGAAAUGGAAAUUCUGCAUUGCAACCAUACUGGACUUCUGUUUGACUUCGAUAUUGGGAGGACACCAGUGCCGUUGGCUGAAGUUUGCUACGAUGUGGAAACCAAGUCUCCAGUGUUCAUACACUAUUUGUCCAAAGUGCACACCAACGUACUGGAGGAACAGGGUAACUUCAACUCAACUCACGAAUUACCUUCCGAAUCAAAAGAGAAAGUAUUCAAGGAAGACUUAUUUAAGGAAGAGAAAAAUGCCUUAAGCAAGUCCACCAAAACCAAACUUCCCUCCGACUAUGACUUCGUUAAAUACGAAAUAGACUCGUUUGUCCCGAUGAAGACACUAUCUGGUGCCUUCAGGAACUAUAUCCAGCAAUUUGAGAAGACGAAUUUUGUAGCAUGGUGGAAUCCACUGAAAAAAGGGAAUUGGAAACGAUUUGAUCGAAUUAUCGAAAAAUUACAUAAACACGGAGAGUACGACAUAUUUGCUGGAACAGGCGGGGUGGUAGAAUAUCCCGUUAAUGGAAAUUGUGGGGUUACUAGAUCCCUUACUUAUAACGUCGACUCAACUGAGAAAGCUGUACCACUGUAUAUCUGGAACAAUAUACUCAAUAAGGACGAACGAGGGCCGGGUGUAGUUGUUAUUGGUAUCAAUUCGCCAUUCGUCGAGGUUGACUUUAAAAAUUUCACUUUUUGUGAAGACAUCUGUGAUAACUACGAAUGGUUGAAACCUAUUCUAAAAACACGAAAAAUAUCAAGCCUUGGUUAUAUGUUUUGCUGUCGACCAGCAGAUGUUGAACAUGUAUUUCCAGGAAUUUCUAGUUUUAGGUCACCGCGAAGUAUUGUUUUACCUAAAAAGGAAUUGCCAAGUUGGAAGUGUAAAAUACCAACAGGUUAUAAUGAUCACACCACAACUUCUGGCUAUGUUACGGGAACGUUGACACCACAUUUCAAUCAAACCACGUCAAUUAGUAAUGCUACAACCCCGGGCUAUAAUUUUACAACGCCAAGUUUGAAUUUUACAACGCCUUCUCUGAACUUUACAACGCCAAGUUAUAACUCUACAACAAAUCCUUGGCUUACGAGAACCACGCCAAGUUUCAAUUACACAACUAAACCUUCGUUGAAUUUCACUACGCCUGGUUACAAUUUUACAACAAAGCCUUGGAUUACAAGAACAACAACAACGAAGCCAUCCUUAAAUUUCACGACACCAAGUUUCAACUAUACAACGAAGCCCUCCCUGAAUUUCACAACGCCUAGUUACAACUUUACAACGAAACCCUGGAUUACGAGAACCACACCAAGUUUCAAUUACACAACCAACCCUUGGUUAAAUUUCACUACGCCUGGAUAUAACUUCACGACGAAGCCUUGGUUGAACUUCACAACAAAACCUUGGAUUACAAGAACAACACCAAGUUUUAACUUUACAACUAACCCUUGGUUGAACUUCACAACGCCAAGUUGGAAUUAUACAACGAAACCUUCGCUGAACUUCACAACACCAAGUUAUAACUUUACAACGAAUCCUUGGCUUACGAGAACUACGCCAAGUUUCAAUUACACAACCAACCCUUGGUUAAAUUUCACUACGCCUGGUUACAACUUCACAACGAAGCCUUGGUUUAAUUUCACAACAAAGCCUUGGAAUACAAAAACCACACCAAUUUUCAACUACACAACCAAUCCAUGGUUGAAUUUCACAACGCCAAGUUACAAUUUUACAACGAAGCCUUGGCCUACAUACACAACACCAAGUUUCAAUUACACAACCAAUCCUUGGCCUAACUUUACAAUGCCUGGUUUUAAUUUCACAACGAAGCCUUGGGUUACGAUAACCUGGCCAAAUUUUAACUAUACCACUAACCCUUGGUUAAACUUUACGAUGCCUGGUUUCAAUUUCACAACGAAGCCUUGGAGUACAAAUACGACGCCAAGUUUCAAUUACACAACCAAUCCUUGGUUGAAUUUCACAACACCAAGUUACAAUUUAACGACGAAGCCUUGGAAUACAAACACAACGCCAAGUUUCAAUUAUACGACCAAUCCUUGGUUGAAUUUCACAACGCCAAGUUACAAUUUAACGACGAAACCUUGGAAUACAAAUACGACGCCAAAUUUCAAUUACACAACCAAUCCUUGGUUGAAUUUCACAACGCCAAGUUAUAAUUUUACGACGAACCCUUGGAAUACAAAUACGACGCCAAGUUUCAAUUACACAACCAAUCCUUGGUUGAAUUUCACAACGCCAGGUUACAAUUCAACGACGAAGCCUUGGAAUACAAAUACGACGCCAAGUUUCAACUACACAACCAAUCCUUGGUUGAAUUUCACAACGCCAAGUUAUAAUUUAACGACGAAGCCUUGGAAUACAAAUACAACACCAAGUUUCAACUACACAACCAAUCCUUGGUUGAAUUUCACGACGCCAAGUUACAAUUUAACGACGAAGCCUUGGAAUACAAAUACGACGCCAGGUUUCAAUUAUACAACCAAUCCUUGGUUGAAUUUCACAACACCAAGUUACAAUUUAACGACGAAGCCUUGGAAUACAAAUACGACGCCAAGUUUCAAUUACACAACCAAUCCUUGGUUGAAUUCCACAACGCCAAGUUACACCAUUACAACAAAACCUUGGAAUACCACAACUAUUAGAUCAACUACACCAACUAGACCAUCUUUCACAACAGCAAGCCCUACUAGAACCACAAGACCCUGGUAUACAACUACAACUCCUAGACCGACUGUUAUCUCUACUAGGACUAUAUAUAAUAGAACCACCACAAGACGAUAUUUAAAUUUUGCUUAAAAACGGACAUUUUUUGAAGCAACUUUAGUGCAAUCUAUUCUCGCUUUGGGAGUACCUUUUUUUGAAUUCGCAACUAGUAUUAUUUUAAAAAUCAGUAGAAUAAAAGAUAUUAUUGAAA